UUGUUCAAACUGCCCAGCCAUGGACAGUGAGGUGGAGUCAGUGUGCUGCAGAGAGGUGGAGAAUGUCGACAUGAAACGUGACAGCUUCAGCAGUGAAUCACAAGAAGCCCUCCAGUGCAUCACAGAACACCCAGGCUUCCGGACAGUCUGUCUUGACCAGUAUGUCCUGGAAACGGCCUACUACCAGUAUGUCCAGCAGUAUGGGCAAAUGCAUCACCAGGCUAAUGAGCGCAUGCGGUAUGUUGGUUAUAGGCAGCUUGCAAGGUGGUGCUGGGGUUUUCUUGGAAAAGAAGUACGUGUUGUACUCCCAGCUUGCUGCGUCCAAAGAAUAAGGGACCAGUUUCCAUCGGACCAAUACAGAGGCUUCCAAUGGCAAACUUAAGAAUGAGAACAUCAUUAU